AUGACACUGCACCUUCUGAUCAUCAUCUGCUUCUUCCUUUUCAGUUUGAUCGCCGCCGAUCCUAAUCACAUUUCGAUCAACUGCGGCGGAGCUGCACCGGCGACAGCCCUCGGCGGCAGACAAUGGCUCGGAGACGCCGCACCAGAAGGCUCAUCGAGGGCGUCCACCGCGAAGCCAGAGCUGAUCGCAGCCGUCGAUCCAGUUCCAUACAAGAGCGCGCGCCUCUCCCGCUCCCAAUUUUCCUACUCCUUUGACCUCAGUCCAGGUCAGAAAAUCAUCCGCCUUCACUUCAAUCCCGUCGCCUACCAUGGCUUUGAGCGCUUCAACGACUUCUUCACCGUCGAAGCUGGUCCCUACACACUAGUAGCCAAUUUCAGUGCUUCAAUAACUGCUCGUGCUCUUGCUGUCAAUACUCUCGCCAAGGAAUUCUGUAUCAUCAUCCAACAACGCCAACACCUCCGCAUACUCUUCUCCCCCGAAACUCGCCAAUCCAAAUACAGCUACGCUUUCAUCAAUGGGAUUGAGAUCAUAUCAGUGCCCUCCGCCAUUUCCUACUGCCACGGUGGGGAUCGCGGAAUUCACGUCCUAGGGCACAGGUACGUGGUGCAUCUCGACAACAGCACUGCACUUGAAAUUGUUCAUCGCCAAAACAUAAAAUGGGGCUCUGAUGAUGGCAUGUUUGGGAUGUGGGCAUCAUCAUCAUCGUUAUCAUACAAUAGGAUGUGGAGAGUGGGUGUUGAUGUGGGGUUCAGGUACUUGGUGAGGCUUCAUUUAUGUGAGCUAGGUCUCAAAAUGCACAAAGAUUUCAUGAUUCUCAUUGAUGAAAUGAUUGCAUUGACUAGUCCUGAUGAUUUGGUAGAUGGAAUGGGAAAUAAUUACAACUACAUGGUGAUGGUGGAAGGGCAGAAACGUGAGGGUAAGAGAAAUAUCUCCAUUUCUCUCUACUCUCACCAUGAAUUCUUGGAUAAGCAUGGCCCCUUUGAAGGAUUUGAAGUCUUCAAAUUAAGCAACCAUGACAGGAGUCUUGCUAGUCCCAAUCCUCCUCUGUUGCCGCGUGCUAGUGACUCCAGUAUUAGUCGCACAACUGUUGUCGUUACCUUGCUUUGUCUUGCAACCGUCGGUUACCAUCUGCUGCAAAGAAUCCGGGACACGGAGGAGGAUGGCGAACCAUGGGGCAGGGCAAAGCGGCUCUGCCAUUGCUUUCGCCUAGCUGAGAUCAAAGCAGCCACGGGGGACUUCCACGAAGGAUUUGUGGUAGGAAGAGGUGGAUUUGGUAAAGUGUACAAAGGGUUCAUGGAUAAUGGGAGAAAAAUUGUAGCCAUAAAGCGAUUAAAGCCAGAUUCCAAGCAAGGGGAGCGUGAGUUUAAGAUGGAGGUUGAAACGCUUUCUGAGCUUCGACAUGUGAAUCUAGUUUCUCUCAUCGGAUGCUGCAUUGAGCAAAAGGAAAUGAUUCUUGUUUAUGAGUAUAUGCCCAAUGGGACAUUGGCUGACCAUCUCCACAAACACAAUCACUUCCAUCCUCUCUCUUGGAAGCAGCGGCUUAACAUAUGCAUUGGAGCUGGUCGGGCCCUAGACUAUCUUCACACGGGGCGAGAGAUCACACACCGUGAUGUCAAGACUUCAAACAUUCUGCUCGACGAGAGGCUUGUGGCUAAAGUUUCAGAUUUUGGGCUAGCUAAAUCUGGAACGGGCAGCGAGGAGUCUCAAAGCACACAAGUGAAAGGCACGCGUGGGUAUUUGGAUCCAUACUAUCGCGACACUCGUAGAGUAACACAGAAAAGUGACACCUACUCUUUGGGCGUGGUGUUGCUGGAAGUAUUGAGCGAGAGAGCUGCAACGGGGCCGUGGGGUGAAGCGGGUAGUCUAACUAGGUGGGCUAAAGAGAAGAUUGACCGUGGUCAAGUUGCUGAGAUCGUAGCUCCGAGUCUGAGAGGGAAGAUAUCAGCAGAUAGCCUGGAUACAUUUGUGGGAGUUGCAGCGAGAUGCGUGGAUGAUGAGCCCAAGGAGCGGCCAGCAAUGACGCAGAUUAUCACACAGCUUCAGCAAGCACUGGUGCAGCAGGAGGAAGCAGAGAGAAAUGGUGUGUAUUCAUCUUCAUCUACUCGGAAGAUAAGUGUUGGGCUUGAGUUGUCAGCUGGGAAUGUGCAAAGAGAGGAUAUAAUGAUGAAUUCACCAAGAAAACAUAGGCCUAUUUGGAAGACUAUUUGGAAGAUUAGGAAACCUUCCUCAUACAAAAUGCAUUUGGUUGGCAUCUCCGCACCAUCAACUUUGCAUUGCCUGGAAAGGGAUGGUAUACGGAUUUAAUUGCUCUACUGCUGCUUAAUGGAUGGGAUACCGAUGUAAAGUCAUAGUGCACUCUUUUCUUUUCUUUUCUUUUCUUUUCUUUUCUUUUCUUUUCUUUUCUUUUUGUUAAUAAAAAAACAGCUUUUAUAUUUGAUGUUAAAGCAACAUAGAAUAAGGUCGUUGCUAAAUUCGCAGCUUCAGUGCUGUAAUUAAUAUACAUGUUAGCAGCAAAAUCAUUUUGCCAUUUACUUUAA